GAACGAACGAUGCCACAACUAGCCGCCACGACGGUCAUCCUCCUGUCCCUCGACCUCUGGCGCAUUGUGACCGCAUUUCAAACUGGCGUGUACCUUCAUAUGCAGCCGUUGGCCAAGCUGGCGGCUCUUCCCAAACACUACAGAAGCAACGAAGGCAAGAUCCGCGACUGGAUCCAGACAUUGGACGCGGUGCUAUCCCCCUGGUACGCCACGUACGGCACGUCUCGCAUUGGGCUGUUGAUACUCACGCUACCUCGCAUGCGAGACUUGAUGAUCACGCACGCCGUGUACUUCAACGAUGUGGACCGGUUGGCAUUUCUGCACGCGACUUUCGACGUUCGACGAUGCCGACAAAAUCUCCUGAACCUGGCCGCAGCCCAAGGCCACGACGCGUCGGUGGCGUAUUUGCAUUCGAUUGGACAUCAAGGCUGCAACACAGGCGCGAUGAACUUGGCGGCGCAAUUUGGACAUCUCAGAAUCGUGCAAUUUUUACACGCCCACCGCACCGAAGGCUGCUCGAUUCGCGCAAUGGAUGCCGCCGCACGCGAAGGUCACUUGGAUGUAGUUCAGUGGCUUCACUUUAACCGAACCGAAGGCUGUACGAUCGACGCCAUGGACGAAGCCAGUGCCCGUGGCCAUCUGGAGGUCGUCCAGUGGCUCCACCAGAAUCGUCGGGAAGGGUGUUCGUUCCGAGCUAUGGACGCAGCCGCGGGCAAUGGCCACUUGGAAACUGUGACAUGGCUGCUUGAGAAUCGCACCGAGGGGUGUACCCCCCAGCUGUCGAAGCCCUCCGAUUUCGCCACUUGGACAUGGCGGUGUUCUUGUCGACAAAGUACAAUCUCGAUCUAACUUUAAAGGGUGACCUUACUGGGCAGUCGCCUCCAAAUGUGCCCCACUUUCGAAAAGUUGGCGUCGUGGAACAAAGACACAGGAUAAGCCAACCGCUGUUGGC